AGGACGCUGUGGAAAAAAGAAAAAAAAAACUAUAUUACAAAACCAGAAGAGAAGAAGAGCCGACGACUUCUGGAAAAAAAUGUUAGGAUUAUUAUAAUUUCUCUGACAUUUAUCAAUAAGCAGCACGAUAAGUGGAAACAAUAAGUGGAAACAAACUGAAAACAGCUGAUAGCUGUAAGAUCAGACCUAAUCAAAAUGUUAUGGAAUAUAAUAGUUUUAGUAACAUUGUUGCAGCUCAGAAAUAGUGAGAGCUUCCCAAACAGCAGACUUGACACCACCGAUGAAGAUGGUGACUCCGUCUAUUUCCACAGCAUGGAAGCUGAGACCUACGGCAGGAAUGGGACGGAGUGUGAGCGGUGUGUGCCGCAGCAGUGCCCGGAGGCGGUGGGCUGCAGAGCCGGGCUGGUUCUGGACAGAUGCGGCUGCUGUUACGAGUGCGGCAACUCGGAAGGGCAGCCGUGUGACCUGGACAACAGCAACGUCUUUUCCGGGCUCUGCGGGUCAGACCUGCGGUGUGAAAUCGACAUGUCGGAUCUGAGAUACGGGGAAGUGCUUGAGCCGCAGUGCGUGUGUGUGUUUCAGGAGGCAGUCUGCGCUUCCGACGGCAGGACUUUUAUAAACCUUUGCCAGUUUAAAGAUGCGGCUUAUUCAAAGCCAGGGCUGCGCAUCGACAGCAGCGGGCCAUGUCAAACAGUUCCCCUUAUCAAGGUGCCGCCACACAACCGCGUGAACGUGAGCGGCAGCACCGUGAUGUUCCUCUGCGAGGUCUUCGCCUUCCCCAUGGCCUUGAUAGAGUGGCGGAAGGAUGGCAGCGACCUCAUUCUACCAGGGGAUGACCCUCACAUCUCUGUACAGUCACGCGGAGGCCCAAUGAAAUACGAGCUGUCCAGCUGGCUACAAAUCGAGGGUGUCGUCCCAGAGGAUGCAGGCAUGUAUCGCUGUGUGGCCCACAACCAUCUGGGCAACAUCUCUGCGUCUGCAGUGCUGGGAGUUCUGAGACCAGAGGAAGUGUCUGCAUUUUCCACAGAAGACAUGCCAGCGUCGUUUGCUUAUGAUCCACAGAGUGACUAUGACGAGGACUAUUACUAAUGCCGUCAUCUGAGUGCAUAUGGCAGGGGGCAAAAGCACAGUGCUGCCCGAUGGAAGCCAAAGCUGCUAAGGUCUGCGCUACAGACUGUGUUUGCAGUCAGCAGCGCUUCCUGAGGUUCCCUCUGUGAACGGGACCUUAACACCAGGUCGGGCUUCCGUGCCAUUGGCCUGAUUCAGGAACAAAACAAAGAAGAGAAGCUUUGUUGCCACAGGCUACCGGCACAACUGGCUUUAUUGCCCAAUGAAGCUGAAGAAGGCCACAUUUUAAGAUAUUUUAACAAUGUGUGUUAUUUUAAACAAAAGAAGAAGCAGAUGUAUGUUUUAAAGACAUGUCCCAUUUCCUCUGGGAUCAUAUACAUACAUUGCAGAAAAGCUUUUGAUUUUUGAGCAUGUAAUACUUUCCUAAUUAUCUAAAUAACCUAUUGUCAGAAAGCUAUCCUGACAAUGCCCUUUAUGAUAUCCCAGACGUGUGUCACUGGAAUAUAUUAUGAAUGUCUUACUGUGUCCUUUUCUAAUUAUUAAUGUGCACUUUUAGCUUAGUGUUUUUGUUUCCAUAUAUUGUAUCUCUUUAAUCUGUGGACCAAAUGUGUCAGCAAGACAAGCUCAGAUAGUGAAGUUUAGUCUACAGAUGGUUUUAAUGUUUGGCAGCACUCAAGAAUCCAGCGAUGAAUGGUGUCCACAUCAUAUAACAGGGAAGUUGUUGAUCAUUAUUGCAGAUGACAUGUUUCUAAAUCACAGAUUUCCUAACUAACUCACAACUUCAGCAACCCUAACCCCCUCCCUUGCAUGAACUCACUCUGCUUUUUAAGAGCCCCCCCCCCCCCCCCCCCCCCCGGAGUCUGUUUUCUCUUCUGUGUUCCUCUGCCAACAUACUGCUCCUGUUUGGAUAUUUUUAUGAAAAGAUCAUGAAUCCCUUGAAUGUGACAUUUUCCAACACUACAGUAGAGUUCACUCAUUAAUCUAAUGCAUAUAUAUUUUAUUCCUUAAAACUCUUAUGUGAAGUUUGGUUUUUGUUUUGUUUUAGGCACAGAUGCUUAAAUGUACAUAUAACUGAAACAAUAAUCUAGAUUCUACUGUUGAUUCUGGUAUUAUUGUAUCUCUAUGUGUGAAAAUACAUUUAAAUAAAGUCCUCUUAUGAUCACA